UUGGACUUGCUAUAAAUUUGUCUGCGUCUUAUAUCACAUGUAUUGGAAAGACAGUCUUGUUUAGUGUUUGUGUGGUUGUGGUGGAAGUGUGAUCGUGAUCAAUCAAUCCAGAGAAGAUGGCAAUGUUGUGGAAUAUUCCGGCACAUAGAAAGUUGCAGGUGCACCAGAUUUUGUGCAGAAAGAAGGAACGGGAUAGGGAUCAGAUCCAUCCUUACAAAGUUAUAGAAAUUACACCUCCACCCACCAGUCUUGGGGUUCGCUGCCUUUCACCUAACUUGCAAUGUGGAGAAAGUGUGACAAUUGAAGGCAAAACUUACACUAUUUCGGCUGUUACUCAUCGUUACCAACUGCGCAAAGGUAAGUACCAACCUAGCGAGAAGAGGCUUGAUGUUCUGUCCACAGGAAGAUACAUCUUAAAUUUAUAUUUGGAAAACUUGUUAGAACAAUCUUGAGAUUGUCAUGGCUGUAAUUACUUGUAUUAGAGAGGCAUUUUCUCCCUAUUGGUCUGGGAUAAAAGCCCACUUCCAAUUAUAUAUAAUCCAUUAAAAGUAUUACUCCC